CCGGUGACACGCCGCUGACACGGCCUGGCGUGGCCUGACUUGGUCCAGGACGGCCCAGCAUGGCCCAGCGCGGCCCAGCGUGGCCCAACACGGUCCAGCGUGGCCCAGCACGGUCGAACACAGCCCAGCAUGCUCUGAUACAGCCCAACAAGGUCCAACGUGGCCCAACACGGCCCAGCAUUGCCCAAUACAGCCCAACAUGGUCCAACGUGGCCUGACGCAGCUCAACACAGCCCAGCGUGGCCCAACACAGCCCAACAUGGCCCAGCGUGGCCUGACACAACUCAACAUGGCCCAGCACAACUCAACAUGGCCCGACGCAGCUCAACAGGGCCCAGCAUGGCCCGAUACAACUCAACAUGGCCUGACACAACUCAUCAUGGCCCAACAUGGCCUGACACAGCCCAGCAUGGACCAGUAUGUUCCAACACAGCCCAGUAUAGCCUGUCACAGCUCAACAUGUCCCAAUACAGCUCAAUAUGGCCUCACACCGUCCAAUACAGCCCAGUAUGGCCCAACGUGGGCCAACAUAGCUCAGCAUGUCCAGGUAUGGCCCAACACAGCCCAGUAUGGCCCAGGAUGGGCCAACAUAGCUCAUCAUGUCCCAGUAUGGCCCAAUAUGGUCCAAUACAGCCUAACAUGGCCUGAUACAGCUCAGCAUAACCCGAUAUGGUCCAACACAGCCCAGUAUGGCCCCAGUAUGGUCCAACAUAGCUCAGUAUGUCCAGGUAAAGCCCAACAUAGCCCAACAUGGCCUGACACAGCCCAACACGGCCCAUUAUGGUCCAACACAGUUCAUGAUGGUCUAAUAUGGUCCAACAUGGUCCAACACAGCCCAACAUGGCCCAAUACAGUCCAACACAGACCAACAUGGCCCAGUACAGCCCAGUAUGGUCCAACACAGCCUGGCAUGCCUCCACACGGCCUUGACCAACCCAACAUGACGCCCCACCAUGGCCUUGCAUGACCUGCUGUGACCCAGUUCACAGCCUCCCAUGUCCCAUCAUGGCCUCACGGGUCCCAUCAUGGCCCCCUCACGUCCUUGUGUGCCCUCUCACAGCCCGACCAUGACUUCAUGCAUCCCGUCAUGGAUCUGCACAUCCCACCACGGCCUUACCAUGGCUUUGCAUGUUCCGUUCUCGCUUUGCAUGACCCAUCGCGGCCUUGCACAUCUCAUCAUGGCCUCACACGUCCCACCACGGCCUCACAUGUCCCACCACGGCCUCACACGUCCCACCAUGCCUUUGCAUGUCCCAUCAUGGCCCUAGCAUGGCCUUACACGUCCUGUCACUGCCUUGCCUCAAACAUCCCGCCAAGGCCUAGCACAUCCCACUGCAGCUUUGCAUCAGCUGUUGUGUCCCACCACGGCCUCCUACGCCCUUCCAUGGCCUCCUACAUCCAACCACAGCUUCCCAUGUCCCACUGUGGCCUCCUACAUCCUACCAUGGCCUCCUACAUCCAACCACAGCCUCCUAUGUCCCACUGUGGCCUCCUACAUCCUACCACAGCCUCCUACAUCCAACCACAGCCUCCCAUGUCCCACCAUGACCUCCUAUAUCCUACCA